CAAAUGUACUUUUAGAUAUCCCACCGUUUGUUUGACUAGAUAUCGAUCAUCGUCAAACCCUAUUUUACGACUUAGGCGUGGUAGAUUGAAUCAGACCAAUAUUCGUUACUGGCAUUGAAUCCUUGUUAACCUCUCAGGCUAUGAACGCGGAAAUAUAUUCAGAACUGUUUUCAUAAGUUUUUUUCAUUAAUAGGGAGGUGUAAGAACAAGAUUAAUAAAAUUUUUUGGAAAAAAAUUUUGGUGGCAAGAGUAGAUUAAAACAUUUCCGGAUCAAAUAUUUCUGCUGAAUCAUGUCUUCCGGACUUCAAUAUACUUGCAACUCAUGCUCGCUUGCCUUUUCAAGGCCUGAGGAUCAGCGUUCUCACAUGAAGACUGAUUGGCAUAGAUAUAAUCUCAAAAGACGAGUCUCACAAUUGCCUCCCAUAAGUGAAGAGCUAUUCAAUGAGAAAGUAGGAAAUAUAGCCAAUACCAGUGAGGGACAUGAAAUUAGAGAUUCAGCAGGGGCUAAUGGCAAACAAAUGACUAAAAAACAGCAAAGGAGAUUGGAAAAAGAGGCUUUGUUAGAAAAGAAAAAGCAGCUUUUGGAGAUUGCGAGACGACGAAUGAUAUUGUCCAAUGACGGAAUGCCUAUAUAUGAUAAAAUGAGGACUGAAAGUGAUGAAGCAAAAAGUGUGAUCAAUGACCAAAAAGAAACCCCAGUGCAAUACGAUAAUGCCUCUCAUGUUGAAACUAGGGACUGUGAUGAUGACGAUUGGGAGACCGAACAGCUCAUGGACCAGAAAAUCAAAAACAAAGUUGAGAUACCGUUGGACACGUGUAUGUUUUGUAGCCACGUGUCUUCCGAUCUAGACGAAAACAUAGAUCACAUGUUCAAAAAUCAUGGAUUGUUUAUUCCAGAACCAAAGUACUUGGUCGACAAAGCUGGAUUAAUACACUAUCUAUCUGAGAAAGUUGGACUGGGUAAUAUGUGUUUAUCUUGCAAUUUCCAGGGUCGAAACAUUGAGAGCGUGAGGCAACAUAUGCGUGCAAAAGGGCAUUGCAAAAUUCCUUAUGAAACUUUAAAUGAAAAGCUCGAAAUUUCAGAGUUUUAUAAUUUCGAGUCCAGUUAUUCAAGGAACACGGAGGCUGAUAUUACGGAUAAUGAUGAAGAAUGGGAAGAUUUAUCAGAUAAUGCAGCUGAUGAAGGUUCAGAGGAUGAAAUGUCCACGGAUGAUCUAUACACUAACGGAUACGAGCUUUACCUUCCGAACGGUCAUGUGGCUGGCCAUAGAUCUUUAAUGAGAUACUACAAGCAAAAUCUGAAGCCCGAGAGGGAACUUACAGAAGGCCAGGGAACGUUAGUCGCGGCAGAAACCAGACAUUUUGUCCAAUCUAUAGAUCGCAAGGAGCUCCAGGCCAAGAAGAGAGUUUGGGCUAGACAGGAAAAACUUAAGGAUGUUAAUGAUAGGAGAUCAGCAAAGUUUAUCAAUCAUCAAGCACAUUACAGGGAUCAAUUAUUACAAUGAAGCUUCGUAUUCUUUUGAUAUGUUUUCAAU